AGGCUUUUUCUUAUUUAAAAUGUCGGAGAGCGGUAUCUCCAAGAGGGGGCAUGGAUGAGUAGAAAGCAGAGCAAAUAUCUGAAGCAUCAAACUCACUCAACUGGUAAAUAAUGGAUCUGGGAUUUCUUCUACACGCGCUUAUUCCCUCAUUGAACUCGGUUUAUGUACUAGUCGUAUUCUUUGGUUAUCUGGCAAUUGCUGGAUCAAUACUCCCUGGAAAAGUUGUUCCUGGAGUUACCCUGCAGGAUGGUUCUCGUCUUUGUUAUCGUUGCAAUGGGUUGUUGUCAUUGCUGUUGCUGGUUGCUCUUCUUGGGGUUGGAGCUAAGAUGGAUCUUUUAUCACCCACUGUGAUAUCAGAGAGCGGAUUUGAGCUGCUAUCGACAACCUUUAUACUCAGUGUUCUUGUGACGUUGGUACUUUAUGCUGCUGGCUGCAAUUCACAAAACCAGGGUUCUUCUCUGAAGCCUCAUGUCACUGGAAACCUAAUACAUGACUGGUGGUUUGGAAUACAGCUCAAUCCUCAGUUUGUGGGCAUUGACCUCAAAUUCUUCUUUGUUAGAGCUGGAAUGAUGGGAUGGCUAUUUAUAAACCUAUCAGUUCUAGCAAAAAGUAUUCAAGAUGCCAACUUGAGCUGUUCAAUGAUCCUCUACCAACUAUUCUGUGCGUUAUACAUCUUAGAUUACUUCUUUUAUGAGGAAUACAUGACUUCCACAUGGGAUAUAAUAGCAGAGAGAUUGGGCUUCAUGUUGGUGUUUGGCGAUCUUGUUUGGAUUCCUUUCACUUUUAGCAUCCAGGGUUGGUGGCUUUUGGGUAACAAGGUGGAGCUAACAACAGCUGCUGUUGUAGCAAAUUGCUUAGUUUUUCUGAUUGGGUAUCUGGUCUUUAGAGGAGCUAACAAGCAAAAGCAUGUUUUCAAAAAGAAUCCAAAAGCAGUCAUAUGGGGUAAGCCACCAAGGGUUAUUGGAGGAAAGCUUCUUGCUUCUGGUUAUUGGGGGAUUGCAAGACAUUGUAAUUAUCUUGGAGACUUGUUGUUGGCUCUGUCCUUCAGUCUACCUUGUGGAAUAAGUUCUCCUGUUCCAUACUUUUAUCCAAUUUAUCUCCUGAUUCUGCUCAUGUGGAGAGAAAGAAGAGACGAGGCUCGCUGUGCAGAGAAGUAUAAAGAAGUAUGGGCUGAGUACCGUAGACUUGUUCCCUGGAGAAUUCUGCCUUACUUUUAUUAAUACCAAGAUUCUGCAGUAGUUACUACUGAGACUUUUAAAGUGUAGAAGGAACCCAGUGGCUUCUGUUUGCAUAGAUUUUCAUUUUCUAGGUUCAUUUCAUGUUUAAAGUUUGAACAUUGAUAAAUGAUUGUUGCAAUUUAGUGUUUUUUCUGAAGAUGACAAAAGGAAAAUAUUCCAUGA